AUGAGUGCUGCUGACUUUCUCAGCAAUGCGAAAAUCCACACGAUCAUUCCCCAAGCAUCGGAGGUCAAUCUCGAAGAGGCUUUGAAAUUGUCAUUAGAACGAGACGUUGGGAGCUGUCAAUUACCCUUUACCACUCUCCCACAGCGCAGUCUACUCUUUUUCGGUGAGAACUCCGCCGCAGCAUGCAGGGCCUUCCUUUCUUAUCAAAAGUCCAUAGAUGAGCUUGUUACCGUGUACAUUGCCCUCCAAUUGGAGAAAUCCACGGACACUACUUUGAAAUCUCAUUUACCAGGAGCAUCAAUUCGCCUAGAUGUCUUUACGGCGCAUGCUGAAGGCCUACAACCCAACUUUGAAGAUGCUUCAACAAGAGAACUCAUAUGCUCCGGUUUCGUACAAGAUGUCGAUGACCCCCUUGUCAUUAUUCAUACAGUGGAUAGUGAUGAAUAUAAACAUGACUAUAUAUAUGUCAUUUGGAAAGUAGAUGCCUACUUGCGUCGACCACGAACCCGUCUUCAACAGCCUUGUGUGGUUUUCAUGGCGUCUGCAACGUUUAGCCCGCCGAAAGUAGUUGUCGAAGAUGAUUACUUACCCAGCCGUGCGCCUGCUUCACUAAACAUCUUCGAAGCCUUGCGACACGACCCUUCACUACAUGCUUCCAAACCUCACCUUCCUACCUCGAGGCUUUUGCAUGUGGCACCCUCAAAAGCUGAGGGUCGAGCUUACCGUAUAUCACAGCCACUGCACAAUCCCAUACGAAUCAUUCCUGUGGCAAGCGCAAAAGUUCGCUACUCACGAUUGAAUACCUACUCGAGCACCGCAGUGACAAUGGCAAGUUUAGAUUUCGAGGUAACCCCGUUUACAAAACUCGAUAUGGUUUUGGAAUCAGUUGACCUCUCAUUAUCGGCUGGUACUGUGACAAACAUGAGUUUGGCAUGCGGAUCUGGACUGCCCAUAGUUUGCCGGGCUCGAGACGAUAUCACACUUGUUUUCAAGCUAAUCCCCGAUGAGAAUGGAUGCUCGUCUGUAUCGACAACCGCCACCCAUUCUGCCCUAGAUAUCUCCAUUCGUGCCUUGGUCUUACUUUCCCAAGAUUGUCGGCCCAAAAUUUUGAUGCGCUGGAAAACAAAUGUCGACUUCUCCUUGCCUUUGAAUCCUACGUUCGGGGGCCCGAGCCAGGUAUUGCAACGGAAUAGUCGACCAACCAACCUAUCAAUGGCUCCAGUCGACGAGGCAUUCUCCAAAAUACACCCUCCUUCCUUCGCAGCCUCAUCGGCUAUUAGCCAUGACGUUGCCAUGUCCUUAUAUGCUCCGAGACACAUCGAGGCUUCCCAAACGUUUGACUGGGAUGUAUUUGUAGUCAACCGCUCCGACAAACCAAGAACAUUCGCGAUGCUCGUACUACCUAAUAAGAGUUCCCGUUUCCAAAAUUUCAUUCCUAAUCGAGCACCGUUAUCGAUACUAGACGCAGAGGAUGUCGCAAAUGCGGUAACGAAUGAAAAUCACAUUUUGUCAACAACGCAAAGUGCUGCAACUUCAUAUGAAACAAGGCUACUCUUCCUGAGCGCAGAUCUCAAAUUUACGUGA